GUGGCAUUCAUCGGGUUCACUUGCCUAAUCUGCGUCAGACAUGCUUCAGGGGAAUAAAGUGCAUUUAAACUCUGAUAGCAUCAGUACAAAGUCAUAAUACAUGAUGUCUGUUCCCUGUGUACUCUUCAUAUAGUGAAGUAACAGUGGAUCCGUAUGUUAGUCAUAUAUUGACACUUUAGGCUAAUGCACAUCAAACACACAGGUUUUACUGGGUAAACAAUGACCUAUGUUCUCCAGAAAAAACAAACAGAAGUUGCCUUUCCUUUCGUCUUCAGAAGACUUCAACUGCUCGCACAAUCAGCCGACAUGAAUGGUAUGCUGCAUAUCUUCCUUUUGCACAAUUUCAGAGUCUCAAACUGUAUAUAUGUAGAAUUUGAUAUUUCAGACAUCUGAUUAUGACAUUUUAAAGUAAUUUAAAACAAGCAUACAAUUGUACUUGAUUGAUAUGCACUGAAUGAGCCAAAACACCAGCUUUGUCUAUGCCAGACUUGAUCAAGAGAAACUUUAAGUUCCUAAUUACCUGGGCUCUAUGGUUGGCUCACAAUCUGCAGCGAUAGUUUUUUGUGUCUGGUCUACUUUUAGCAAAUCUGACAAGAAAACAUAAGAUAAUCUAAUAUGAAUGACAUCAUGAAUAAUAGGCUGGUGAGCAAAAAGUUAAUGUCAGUCCCUGAUUGUUAACUUUGAGACAGUUGAAAUGACUUUGCAACUCUGAGUGCAACUCUAACUGGUAAACUGGUCCUAUAACUGUAUUGUCCUGUAUUUUACAGGCAAGAUGAAUUUGGAGGAAUACUUUAAAAGAAUUGGUUUCCAUGGCUCUUUUGAUAAGCCGGAUCUUGCAACACUGAAGCUGAUUCACAAACUGCACGUCAUGUCAAUUCCAUUUGAGAACCUCAGCAUUCACUGUGGUGAGAGGAUCAUCAUGGACCUUGAGGUCAUUUUCAACAAGGUAGUGAGGAGCAGCCGUGGCGGUUGGUGCUUUGAGAACAACUUCCUGUUUGGCUGGGUGUUGAAGGAAAUGGGCUACGACACUUCGACGCUGAGCUCCACCGUUUUCAACAAUGUCCUUAAUUCUUUUGACCCCACUGAAACUCAUCUAAUCAACAAGGUCAUCAUUGAUGGAAAAGCUUAUAUAGCAGAUGUAAGCUUUGGCAUGACUUCCCAGAUGUGGGAACCCCUGGAGCUUGUCUCUGCAAAGGACCAACCUCAGGCAGCAGGUGUCUUUCGCCUCAUAGACAAGGGGGACAUCUGGGUGCUGGAGAAAACUGGUAGAAAGCCAGAGAUUCUCAAUCCAGACUUUGCAAAAUCAAGCCUGGUGGAUUGGCUGGUAACAAAGCCGAUCUACUGCUUCACCUUGGUGCCUCGUGAGGUUGAUCAUUUCUUGGAGACAAACCACACACUCCAGACAGAUCCUGCUUCACUGUUCAUCAGGAAGUCCAUCUGCUCUUUGCAGACACCAACAGGAUUCAGAGCCCUUCUUGGCUGGACCUACAGUGAGGUCACCUAUAAACCUGAGGAAGGUGUUGAUGUCUUUGACAUGAGGAACAUAACAGAUGAUGAGAUAGAACAAAUUCUGAGGGAAAAAUUCAAUGUAAAGCUGCAGAACAAACUGCAGCCUGCAAACAACAAAGCAUGCUUAACACUCUAA